AUGAAUGAAUUGGAGAGAGCAAUCGGCGAUAUUGGAAUGAAAAUGACAAUUGAAACAGGAAGUUACCGAGUCGAUCCAAGUGGUAAUCAAAACCGCCUUAAUCGAGAUCAACCUCAGCCUCUACCGGAGGCCUGGGAAAUUGAGAGUUCUAAGCAGUCCCCAGCAGUUCUUUUCUUCUGGAUAGAACUGUUAUUCUGGAUAGAAGUGUUUGAUCUUGUUCCUGGAAUUUGA